GACCUGCAACGAUUCAAUUGUUCUCACUGUGUUGCAACCUCUACAGUCGCCUAAAUCUGCCUUCAUAAGUGCAGCCAAGAAAGCUCGACUGCGAUCCAAUCCCCCCAAAGUGCGCUUUUCUGAGCAAGUGUCCAUCAGUGACCCAGACUCAACCAUGCUUAAGGACGACUCGUUGCUACUUAUACCCAAUGUGUUAAAGGUGUUCCUGGAAAAUGGGCAAAUCAAGUCCUUCACUUUUGACAGCCGCACUACGGUCAGGGAUGUCAUAUCCUCGCUUCAAGACCGUCUCUCUCUACGCUACAUUGAGCAUUUUGCUUUGGUUUUGGAGUCUGGUGGGCUCGAUCACAAACAGAGACUGCACCUGCUACAGGAAAGUCAACCGCUGUCUCAUGUGGUACAUAGAACCUAUUUCCAAGGGAUGCGAUGUCUAUUCCGGAUUUGCUUCUUCCCCAAAGACCCUGCUGACUUACUGAGGAGGGAUCCUGCUGCAUUUGAGUACCUCUACAUACAGAGUCGCAAUGAUGUAAUCAAGGAGCGAUUCGGAGUGGACUGGAAAUCUGAUGUAACUCUCAAGCUGGCAGCUCUCCACAUUUACAUCACUGUGUCAGUAGCAAGACCAAAUCAGAAGAUCUCCCUCAAGCAUGUGGAGAAAGAAUGGGGUCUGGAACCUUUCCUUCCGCUUACCUUGUUGCCAACUGUCAAGGAGAAGAACGUCUGCAAAAGCCUUUCCCAACUUCUCAAGACUUAUCAGCACCCUCCACCUGCUGGUAACAAGGUGCCACCUCUUCAAGGAAAGUUACAGUACAUUCGUGUGCUGAAUGACCUUCCACCAUUUGGAGGCUUGUUGUUUCAUACAGUUGGACUGGAUGAAAAACAUACAGCCACUACACUGUUGGUUGGGCCUAGACAUGGCAUCAGUCAUGUCAUUGAUCUGAAAAAUAACCUUACAACAGUUUUGGCUGAAUUCAGCCGUGUAGCAAAGGUGCAGCUCUUUCGGGAGCACCAAGGGGUAGCCCGUGUAGAAGUGGCUAUCCUUGAGGCUAAGCCCCUGGUCUUGCUGAUGGAGUGGCCUGAUGCAUCAAACUUUGCCUGUUUGAUUUCGGGGUAUUACAAGCUAUUUGUUGAUCCCAAAAGGACGAUUUACUACAGGACACCUGGUCAGUCUCAUAUGAUCAAGGCAGAUUUCAGAAGCCCCCAUCCUCAUUCCCGCUCUGGGGCCUCUGUGUCAAGUAGCAGUCGACGUGAAGAGAGAGAGAGUUUGUCAAGAGAGGUGUCACAAAAAAUACCAGCACCACCACCACCAUCACAACACCUUGGCCUCUGUCACAUACAUUUAAAAGAGCAGCAGCAGCUGCAAGAGCUCCAAAUGCAGGCAGAGGAGCAACUGGAUAUCAAUGAGAACUUAAUAUCAAAGUCACAGAACCGCUCACGUGCCAAGUCCGAUCCCACCAUCAAAAGCAUUGAAUCACUGGCUGAUACAGAGAGCCCAACUCAAGACAGCUCAGGCUUCAGAGGCAGGGCAAAAACAAUGGAGAACUCAAAGCGUACAACAAGAUUCUUCUGUGACUCUUGCAAGGCAAAACUUAAGGCUGGGGGCAUGAUGACAGAAAAAGGCAUAUCUGGGAAGUAUGCUUUGCAAUGCAUAAAUGGCUGUGCUUCGUGUGAAGGUGGAGCUGUUGAUCUCAUGGCUCUUCCUCCUCCUGGAAGUGAGGAGGAUGAGGAGAUUGAGGAUGGAGGAGGAAAGCUGCAACCUCCUCCUCCUGCAAUAGCGGCACCACCUCCAGGGUUUCGGGAUAAUAGCUCAGAUGAAGAUGACGCUAAAAAGAAUCGCAAGGUUGCUUCCAUCACUGGUGCGGCUGCAGCAUCUCGGGCAGAUACCCAUGAGAAAGUACCUGUGACAUUAAUUGAUAAUGUCGCACCAAGGACGGUCCGAGAUCAUGCUCAGGAGCUAGAUGAUGCUUUAGUGUCUACUCUGCAGGCCCUUGAAGCACUAGCUGCAUCAGAGGACUACCCUCAUCAGCAGCAACAGACUCCACAGACAGCAGGGUUGAUUGUUCUGGCAGCCAUAACUCCAGAAUCUUCACUCGACUCAGGACAUGAGACCAACUCAUCAGAGCUAACCGAUGUAUCGGAAAUGGUUUCUGCUAUGAAGCACCAUCAAAAUCAGGCCUAUCUUUUGGCCCACCACAUUAACAAGGACCGCAUAUUUAGUCGACGCGACUUUCCUUUGACAAUUCCAGGAUGCACAACACAAGCAAUUGGAGGAGGGGCAUUUUCUGUAGGCCAAAUCCGUGGUGGUUGUCCACCUAGGUCUGUGAUCCUUAGUAAAACUGUUCCAUUAAAGGUCAGUUCUAGUCAGGGGACUGCAUCCCCUAGAGCUCUAGUGGAGCCAGGUAAAAGUGAAGAUGUGUUAAAUAAUGAACAAGAUUCUGAGAAACCUAAAGAGAGCUCUGUAGAACAUACUACAGGAGAGAAAUUAAAAACCCCUAAACAAGAGGACACUUCUGAUAUUAAGAAAGAGUGUAAACUUACCUCUAAUGUCUCUGAAACUGUAAAAGAGAAAAGCCCUAACCACACAAUCCCAGAAACUACCAAUAAAGCCUUACCUGCUUCCUUGCCUGUGGACAAAAAUGCAUCUGCCAAAAUUUCCCCAACAAAGGUAUGCCAAGAUGUUGAGGCUCCCUUAAGUGAAACAGAUAAGCCUUCAAGUUCAAAAGGUCUACUGCCAGUUGAUGACUUAUUCUGCACAUGUCCAGUUCGAUCAGAACCAGGGCAACAAGUGAAACUGAAGGACCAACCAACCCAAAAGAUAGUGUUGCACUCAUCCUCUCCCACUGAUGAUAAACGACCCUGUGCCAAAGGACUACAGUUAUCUACCAACAAAGACAGCACUGUUCAGACUGCUGAUAUAAACCUAACUAAGCCUAAAGUCCUACCCCAAGCCAAGUACUCCCCAGUAGUGCCUGUGAAAAUUGAAGGGAAAGAUGUGCCUGAUGUCACGCCAGAAAGCUCCAAAUGUACAGUCCUUGGUGAGCAACAGAAAAACACUACAAGUGUACCAGUCCUGGUAAACACAACACAUGUUUUAAGCUGUGGAGAAAAAGGGGCUACAAUUCCAGGAGCAGAAUUUAAAAAGCAAGCAAACAGCAAAGCCAAGUCCCAGCGUAGUGCUCCAUUUCUAAGUAUUAAAAAUCUAAUUUCGGCUACAUUUCCUGCCCGGCUUCGUCGGGAAACAGAUGAACGUCGUGCACAGCUCCAGAAAGUGAGGCAGUAUGAACUAGAGUUCCUGGAGGAGCUUCUAAAGCCCAAGACAUCACAGGGAGAGUUCUUGUCCCAAGGGUCAUCUCCCAUCCCAUCAGGUACUCCAUGUUCAUGUCAGCUACGCACAAGUCCAGUGCAGAAAGUCCCUGGCAUUUCACGAGAGCAAAGACGUAGCUGUGACUGCAAGAGGAUGUGUAGGGCAAUGCGUCUCCCUGAUACUCCAGUAGGUUCUGCAGUGGAGCACAGAGGCAGAGAGAGAACCAUCUCCAAAACUCCCCCUGCAAAAUCCAAAUCACCACAUUUUCAAGGGACUGCUACACAACCUCAGACUUUGGAGAUCAAAACCACACGAAUUCGUUCUACAAGCCUGGAGUCAAGAGAACUCAGCGAUACACAUACAUCAUGUUUACCUACCUGCACCUCCCAUUCAGAAUGUACUGGAGCCCCACACUACAAAAAACUACAAAGACGAUACAGCAUAGGGGAAAUAGACAAUGACAGCACACCCCUUUAUGCUGAGGUUAAAACCAAAACAAAAAGUCUGGAGAAAGAAAUGGAACGUGUCAGGGCUACAGGCCUACGACUUCCUACUCCAGUAGAACCUAUUCAUACUCAAGGUGUAGAAUCCAAAAAGAAAGGAGUAUUCUUUAUCCAGGGUGAAGAACUUGUUCGUCAGGGUCGGGACGGAACCACUGAGGUUUUACUUGGUUUAAAUGAAGAGAAUGAAGACAGGGAAAAAUGUUGCUCCUUUUGUUUCUGUUAUCGCAAGUGUGAGGCUGCUGAUGAGAGCAGCGAAAAAGAUGAACUUUCAUAUUCCAUACCCCUACAAGUCUUGCCAGGAAUGCAGCUAGAUUCAAGAGCUAUGCCAGUUGUCAGCAAGACAUUGCAGGUCCUUGAUGCUGAGGACUGCAGUGGAGAGGAAGAAGAAGAGGAGGAGGAACCACAGACACAGGAGAUUGACCUGCGGACAUGUGGCAAUUUGGAGACAAGCAUGGCACGAGUGCAGACACUACAGGGAAAAACAUUCUGCUUACCAGAUGGCUUUCUAAAUGCACAACUUGAUGCUAAUGAAUUGCUUUCAAUUUUACGGCAGUGUGCCAACAGUCCCCAGAUAGAAGGUGAACCGCGCAUGCCUCAAGCAAAGUUGGUAGAGUACAAGCAAGAACUUGCAGUCCGCUUCAAGGAGUUCAGGGCCUCAUGUAGAAGAGUGGCAAGUGUUGAAAAAAGUCCCUCACGAAUGUUAAAUGCGGUCACAGCCAGCUUUGAGGUAUUGUGCAGCCUAACUCAGACAUUCAUUCGGUUAGUACGAGGUGUACGAUCUGAAACCCAAAGGCUACAGCUCUUAAGGAAGGUUGAAGAGGUUGCAGUGAACUACACUCUGCUUCUCCGUGCUGCUGAGGAGUCAAUGGGACAUUCUUGCAGCUUACCAACAAAGAGUGCAAGUCUCCCCACCUCCACCAACAUGGGCUCUCUUACUCGUUCCAUCAAAACCUUGCCCAGCAAGUAACAUAUUGUUUUUGCACAAUAUAUCACUUAAGGUAACUCAGCAGUGUUAUACAACACUUUUGGAUGAUCAGUUGUAUUUCUUUUUGACUUACUUUCAUAUUUUUUACAUCCAUGUCUACCAAAUUACAUAAAAUGCCAUGACAUGUUUACAGAAUUGUGGCAGCACAGUUGCUUAACUGUCCAGAAGACAAAGGACCUCUGAGAACCUUGCACUUUGUGCCAGGGAGGGAGAACAAUAGUGCCAUCCAUUGCCCUCUGCUGUAUGGAUGAUCAACAGGGCUACACAGUAAAACCUUACAUAGCGAUUGUUGUCACUGUCGAAUGACUUUUUUCUGUUACCAUUAUAGUUGUUCUUAUGUUUAAAUACAUUAUCAUGUAUAAAUAAAAACAAAUAUUGCAGACAACUAUUACAUAAAUUGAAUAUAUGCCUGGUGCAAACAUAUUUCAGAGAAAUGUUAAGUAGCAGAUUACGUGAAUUAGAUAGUAAAAGCAAUGGUUAUUUGAUGUGCUUGUUUGUACAAUUUUGAUUGUUGUUAUAUGAACUUUUUCUUCCUUUGUUUCAAGAUCACGUUUUGCCCCAUUUCGAUAAAAGUCUAAAUUUACACAUUUGAAAUAAAUGUUCAUGACCCCACAUGGCCCAAUCUUAAGGUGGUGGAACACCUUUUUAGGCCAUACAAUGUAGCAGAGAUCUAAAUUAAAAUUAAUAAAAAUUAUUUUCAUCAUACACUGAGCUUGAACAAAACAAAUUAAAGGGAAAAAAAUAGUUGCUUCAGCAUGCACAAAACACCGUACUUUCACGUAAAAUACUUUUUGUUCACCACAGCUUUGAUAGUUUUAGAAGGAAUAGUGUGAUCAUGGAAGGCUAUGGGAGUCAACAGAAAAACUGUUUGUUAAAUCAGCUCUAUGAUUCAUGCUUGUAUUUAAAAAAAAAAAAUCUAUACACGUAUUGGUGUUAUGACUAAAAAGUUUUGCAUUUCAAGUUUUUGGAAGUUUAGUCCUCAUCUCUAUAUCAAACUUGAAAUGACUUUGAAUUUCCAUGUGGUCAUUGUGCACUCCAGAGUAUAUUAAAGAAGCCCAAAUAAGAGCUUUUAUAUAUUUUAAUAAAAUCAACAGCCUUUUUCUGUCUGAAAACUUCUGUCUCCUGCUCUCGCAAUUUAUAAUCUGAAUAAUCGAACCAUGCCUCUUGUAUAUCACUGUUCUGGUGUCUUGCAUGUUAACAUUUUAAACCUUUAAUGUGAAUUUACAUGGAUGUGUGGAUACUAUGAAGUCAACAAUUUGCUGGAUGACUGUUAUUGGACAAGGCUGAGUAUACAUUAUACUGUUAGUGAAAGGAAAUACAAAACCAAACAUUUAAAGUUAGAUUUUCUCAUAAAACUAUAAAACUGUUCUCUUAUUUAACUAAACUGUUGUAAAGGACGAGAUUGUGCAGCUUAAAACCAUUUUAAAAUGAUUCUAACUGUGCUACAGAUUUAUCCAAAUUCUUCAGUUUUUUAAAAGCAAAAUAUCACAUGGAUGUAUAGUUUAUAAUUUAUAGCAGUAUGUAUCAUAGUUACAUAGUACCUAUAUUUUAACAAAUAUAUUAUAUAUCUAUAUAUCGAUACACAGCAUGUGACCUGUUUAUUUUUAUAAAAACACAUUAAACUGAUAUUCACUCAUGGUUCAGAAAUAUUUUCGACAUUAUAGUUUGGUUGGAUCACCAAAUAUGGCUUGUCCUCAUGUUUCAUUUUUUUCCUUUAUGUAUAUGUAGCCAUCUUAAGUUCUUAUGGGUUUUCUGUCAAUGCGUCUUCCCUCACUGUGUUUUGUCUAUG